GAUUAGUUUACUUUACUAAUGCGUUUAGAGUAACGUUAACUGAACGGUUGUUAAAGACGCUUGUGUCAACGUUACGUUACUAUAACGUUACCGUUAAAUCGACAAGUCCAACCGUCUUUCCGGUACAUUACAGCUAAGGUAACGUUACCUCAUAACGUAAACCACAAAGUAACAUGUUAGCUUUUAGCUGAUGCAUUUAAUUCCAUCAGAUAUUCGCACUCCAUUAGCAUUGCUACGACUUGUCAGCUGCUUCCAUUUCCGCGGCUUUUCUAGCCGGUGAUUCGGUGGUUACGCGGCACAGCUAGCCACCCACUCAUUGGGUAUUCGCUGCAUGCGGUGUAGCCGAGGAGCCUGCAGCCUGCUUUCUCCAUAACGUUACCGCUUUUCCACAGACUGCAGCUAGCCGCUAGCCAGUCUUUUUCCAGGAUAAACUCAACUUAAAUAGUCAUGCUCUGUGAGCCUGGAGGGGCUUAGAUGGGAUGGACAGCAAAGGUAGCUCCUUGCCUUCGAUGCCUGAACUAGCCAACCCGAUCAGCAUGAAGCAGCUGCCAGAAUCACUCAGUGUACGGAAAGGUGGGGGGGACAUGAGCAGUGACUCUGCUCUACUAAUGGACAAAGCUACUGCCCAGCUGGCUGCCACACUACAAGACAGUGUCCUUCAGAAGAUGGCUGGCCACACUCAUAACAACCACAGCCACGAGAGACUCAAAGACCUCACCUCCCGUGUGUUGAAUGGGGACCAAGAUCCGCUGCCUAAGCUUUGCGUUUCGGAGCCACCUAUGCUGAAAGGUGCUGAAGCCCCUGCUACAAAUGGCACCCAUCAGCACAAUUGCACUCCUCAUACUGAACCUGAACUGAAGGUGUCGAUACCCCAGGUGUUCAAGCAGCCAAUGUUUGAGCCGUGCUGUGCAAAUGGGACCAGUUUGGCCACAACCACUGAAGAUAUGUCUGGACCAGAGAUGAGACAGGAUGUGAAAAAAAGAAGGGGGAGACCUCACAAACCUCAAACAGACCUCAGUUCCUCUGCCAUCCCUGUGGAGCCACUUGACCACACCAAUUUUGGAGAUGAAACCAGAGCAGCUGAUGAGCCUGCUCUCAUCUCAGAGGUGACGGUGGAGGCUACAGAUGAGUCCCCUCUGCUGAUCCGUUUUUCUGUUGGUGAUUUGGUUUGGACAAAGGUGUCAGGAUACCCCUGGUGGCCUUGCAUGGUGACCACAGACCCAGAAUUCAAUAAUCAUUUCAAACAGAAAGCAGCCAACAGCAGGUCUGGCCUCCUUUACCAUGUGCAGUAUUUUGGAGACGCCCCAGAAAGAGGCUACAUCUUUGAGAAGAACUUGGUGUCCUUCACAGGGGAGGAUCAAUACCAGGAGCUGAGCCAGGGCAACAAACAGCCAGCCUCCCGUGUCAUCCACAAAAGGACGGCCCCCUCUGUGCCCCGUAAACUCCAGGCUCAGUGGAACAUGGGCAUCAUUCAGGCCAAAGAGGCCUCCGUCAUGUCACUGGAUGAGCGCAUGGUGAACUUCGCAUUUCUGUAUGAUGAUGAUGGACCUCAUCUGAACCCCCGCAUCAUGGAGAAGUUAAAGCCAGAACAGAGCAACAAGAUGGACCAGGAAACGGAAUCUAGGCUUAACCCAGAUCUACCCUCUGUGCUGGUGGGCUCUGCCGAUGACCCCACAGCUGACCCUCAGUCCCAAAACAGCACUUCAACAAGGAAAAAGACCCAAGCACCCAGAACAAAACACAGAAUGGGAGUAUGGCGAAAAGUGGGCAAAGGCUGUCUAAAUGAUUUCCUGUCGAAAAACAAGUUGAAUGACCGAGUUUCUUCCAAAGAAAUGCUUCAUCCGCAGCCAACCUCACAGGAUCCCACCACUUCUGCACCAGAUUUACAAGCUGAAUCAGCCAUACCUCAGAAGAAAAAGAGGAGACCCAAACAGGCUCAGUCUUCCACAAAGACCGUGAGAAGAAGGAAAAAAUCUGCAACGGACAACACUGCUGAUCCCGUCAGGAAAAGGAAAUCAAAGCUGGGUUCUUCGACAGGCGAUGUUUCGGAACAUGUCUCACUUGAAGUUUCAGUUCCAGUCAAGAGGGAGCGAAAGAAGACCGCUAAGAGGCCACUAACAGAUGCUACGGCCGAGAAGGGUCAGCAGCCUAAAAAGAGACGUAAAACAAGCAAAGAUGCUGAAAAACAGGCCUCGGUUUUAGAAGGAGCAGAGAAAAAGCAGAGGAGGAGGAAGAAAGCAGAUGUCAAAGAAACCAAGAGACGAAUGAAUAAGUCAAAAGCUCUCCUCACCGAUGACCAAGACGCGGAGAAACCCAAGCGUAGGAGGAAAAGGAAACCGGCGAACCAGGCCUCCACCUCCAAGGCAAAGAAGAGGCGAGCCUCCCCGUGUCCUGAUCCCGAGGGCUCUGGAAGUGAAGAACGUCCUGACUCUCCGAGUGACAGCUUAGACGGAAUAAAGAAGGGUGAACGCAAGAAAGAGUUUGUCUGCCAGAUGUGUGAGCAGGCUGGUGAAGACUUGGUGCCCUGUGAAGGCCAGUGUUGUGGGAUGUUUCAUCUCCAGUGUCUGGGUUUGUCAUUCAAACCUGACGAGAAGCUGCUUUGUCAGGAGUGCAGCACAGGAAUUCACUCGUGUUUCAACUGUAAGCAGUCAGAGGGCGCGGUGCGUCGCUGCCACGUCCCACACUGCGGCAAGUUUUACCACGAAGCGUGCAUCCGCCUCAACCCUCUCACUGUGUUCGACAACAAGGGCUUUCGCUGUCCACUCCACACCUGCCUGAGCUGCCACUACGGCUGCCGCACCAAGCACAAGUCCACCAAGGGUAGGUUGAUGCGUUGCCUGCGCUGCCCUGUCGCGUACCACGUCGGUGACCUGUGUGUGGCUGCGGGCAGCGAGAUGAUCACAAACACUGCAAUCAUCUGCACCAACCACUUCCACGCCAAGAAGGGCUACAGCCACCACAGUCAUGUCAACGUUAGCUGGUGCUUCGUGUGCUCCAAAGGGGGGCAGCUGCUGUGCUGCGAGUCUUGUCCAGCAGCUUUUCACCCUGACUGCCUGAACAUCGCUAUGCCUGAUGGGAGCUGGUUCUGCAACGACUGCCGGGCCGGGAAGAAACCCAAGUACAGGGACAUCAUUUGGGUCAAACUGGGAACAUACAGAUGGUGGCCUGCAGAGAUCCACCACCCCAGAAACAUCCCCACCAACAUCCAACACUUACGACAUGAGAUUGGAGAGUUCCCAGUCUUCUUCUUCGGCUCCAAGGAUUACUUCUGGACUCACCAGGGCCGAGUGUUUCCAUACAUGGAGGGAGACCGGGGCAGCAAGCACCAGAGGACUGGCAUCGGCAAAGUGUUCAAGAAUGCUCUGUUGGAGGCUGAAGAUCGAUUCAAGGAGAUAAAAAUGAAACGAGAGGCCAAAGAAGCACAAGAGAACAGCAGGAAACCACCCCCAUAUAAAUUUAUCAAGGUCAACAAACCUUUUGGUAAGGUUCAGGUCUACACGGCAGACAUUUCUGAGAUCCCCAAGUGUAACUGCAAGCUGACAGACGAGAGACCGUGUGGGUUUGAGUCAGAGUGUCUGAACCGCAUGCUGCAGUAUGAGUGCCACCCUCAGGUGUGUCCCAGCGGGGAGCGCUGCUGUAACCAAGACUUCACCAAACGUCUCUACCCAGAGACCAAGAUCAUCAAGACGCCCGGCAAGGGCUGGGGCCUGGUGUCUCUCCGGGACAUCAAGAAGGGUGAGUUUGUGAACGAGUACAUCGGAGAGCUGAUCGACGAGGAGGAGUGCAGGGCGAGGAUCAAGUACGCCCAGGAAAACAACAUCACCGACUUCUACAUGCUCACCAUUGACAAGGACCGGAUCAUUGACGCUGGUCCGAAAGGAAACUACUCUCGCUUCAUGAACCACAGCUGUCAGCCCAACUGUGAGACGCAGAAGUGGACGGUGAACGGCGACACACGGGUCGGCCUGUUCGCUGUCUGUGACAUCCCAGCAGGGACUGAACUAACCUUUAAUUACAACCUGGACUGCCUCGGCAAUGAGAAGACCGUCUGUCGCUGCGGUGCUCCCAACUGCAGCGGUUUUCUUGGCGAUCGACCUAAGAACUCAAACGGCCAAACAGCCGAGCCAAAAGGGAAGAGGCUGAAGAGAAAGUAUAAAAAGAGGAAAUCUGAGGGGAAGAAGAAGUCUGAGGAUGAGUGUUUCCGCUGCGGGGACGGAGGGCAGCUGGUACUCUGUGACAAGAAGACCUGCACCAAAGCUUACCACCUGUCCUGCCUGAACCUCACCAAGAGACCCUUUGGCCGCUGGGACUGCCCCUGGCACCACUGUGAUGUCUGCGGGAAAAACUCUGAGGCCUUCUGCCAGCUCUGCCCAAACUCCUUCUGCAAGGCUCACCAUGAGGGGACGCUGCGCCCCUGGCCUCCCACAGGACAGCUGUGCUGUCUGGAGCACGACGAGCUAGAGGGACCGGCCGAUCAGGAUGUUAACUCUGAGGCGACGACCGCCACUGCUGCCACCAUCGCCGGCCGUCCUGCUAAAGGCUCCAGAAAGGCAGAGGGAGCCGAGGCUAAAACAAAGGGCUCCAAGAGGAAAGCAGCAGAGGCCUGAAGUGACCUUUGACUCCUCAGAGAGCAAGAACCACAUAUUAAACUCUGACACUUGCUUCCCCCCCUUCAUGAACAAAUAUACACCCCGCGUAAUAAUAUCACAAGAACCAAGGCACUGUACAUCUUCAUCAGGGAAAGCCGCUGAUCUCUCACAUGUUCUGCAACAGCCUCUAUAGCUAACCGCUCAAACGUAUCAUGUUUUUUUUAUUUGUUAACAUUUUCAGGUUUAUUUUCACUUGUCUGCACUGAGGCCAGCCAUCUGUGGUCAAAGCACAAAGCAGCGGAGCGAGCGCAGGUCAGGAAACUUCGGCUAGUGGAUUCCAACUCUCAUUCUUCCAACAACCAAACUGUCUUUUGUUUGUUUGUUUUUUUUAUAGUUUUGUUUUGAUUAUUUGAUUUUCUUUUAGAAUAACAAAAGGAAGCAGUUGGUUUCUGCAGCGUCACCGUCUGCCAACUUGAAUCUCAGUCUCCCCCGUCACUCAACACGGAUGAUCUUGAACAGCAGAGUUUUAUAGCUAUAUCUAUAUAUGUGUAUAUCAAAGACCAAAAUUAUGAGUACUGGAAAAGUGCAAGACAUCAAACAGGUUGCCAAAUGGAUUGUUUUUAUUUUUAUAUAUAGUGUAUAUAUGCCAGAUGUAAUAUCGAACACUAUGGAUAGGCCUCAGAUGACCUGUUUACUUCUAUUUCGUAGCCAUAGGUUACAUUUAACUGUAGACAUUUGUUUGCUAUUUUACAACCUGCUAUUUUGUUUUAGCUCAGUUUUACUGUUUAGAUUUGAUUUUCUCUUUCAACUUUUUUUUUUUUUGUAUCGGCAUGCUGAGCGAUGGCACCACACAUUUAUCUACCUUCCUGUCCAGACAACAAGGGAUUACAGAAAGUAUUAAACCGAGAGCACUCUUAAACUGCCAUCUGACAUAGAAACACUACUGGGAGGUUUAUUGGUCUUUAAUGCUCUCUGCUUGAUGCUGAACCAGUUAAAUGAAGGAAUAUCUGCGGUUUUCUUGGACAUUUUUCUAUGUUGAGUUAUGAGUCCUAACCUUAAGGUGCUGUUUUGUUUUGUGACUGAAAUAUCUGAAAUGCAAAGAUUUUAAUGUAUAAAUAUAAAUAGACACGUCGUGCUGAUUUUGAAGGCCUCCUAGUGUCACUGGCUGGGCUUUUUACUGAAAUUUACUGAGUACUUCACCUGUCUGAGGUUUUAAAAGAAAAUAACAACUGUUUCAAAUCCUCAGGAGGUUUUUAGUCUCAAAACUGCACCCUGCUUGUUUAAUACUUGAACAGAAUAAUAAGACACUGGCUGAGACGUUGUGACUCCAAUUUUGGUGCAUUUUUCAUAUUCGUACUUGACAUGAAGCAUUACAAGGAGGCUUAAGAAAACUAUAGAGUACCGUGGCCAUUCGGAUCACCCCCAGUGGUCCGUGAUCUCCAGCUGCAUUUCUUAAUCCUCAGCCGUACUUAAAGCGUGAUGCUAAUGCUGCCCUGUUGUCGACUGAAGUUACUGUAAUUACCAGUUUUCAACUUUGUUAAAUACCAUUUGCAACAACUCCGAAACGCGCUCGCAAAAACAAAUAUGGUUGACUCAUCGCAAUCCAAAGUACGUUCAGGUUAAAAGUAAUUUUCCAAGGAAUGAUGCCAAACAUUUCCCGGUUCCAGCUUCUUAAUUUGCAGUGUUUCGUUUGAAUAUCAUUCUGUCUUGGACUAUUGGUCGCUCAAAACAAGCACUUUGAUAACAUCCUCUUGGGCUUUAGGAAAUAGAGAUUGGCUUUUUUUUUUCAAUAAAUCCCCCCUCAAAAAAACAAAAGCUGGCUGUCUUCACAUUUUGGAGGUGCCAGUUUGCCCUAACUGAUUCUGUUUUGAGUGGAUCUGUCACUUUUAAGGCAUUUUGCAGAGUCUUCUGGGUCAGUUAUGACGGUGUUUGUUUUUUUUUCAACAACACGGAGGCUACAGACAAUUCUUGGGCCUUUUUUAAAUCUAAGUUUAGAAUCUGAAUCUCCCCAAACAGGCGGCUUGUUGCAGCCAUUUUCUCUGAGAGCCACUUGUUCGUGCUUUUUCUCUGGGAUCCAUAAAACCUCUCCAGAAACCAGAUUAGAGUUGGGAGUUUUAUUUUAUUUUUUUUAAGUAACUGCACCUUUUGUGUGUUUGUUUUGGUUUUUCCCAGGGCGUGUGAAUGGGAAAUGUCCAGAGGUGCAGCAAGCAAGAGUAUUUUCCAUUUGUAUGUACCCGAACCUUGUGUUGAGUGAAUGUAGUCCAGCCAGUUAUUUUUGUAAGCACUGUAAUUCCCUGUAGAGCUGAAGUGUAACGUGUGCGUAGGGGUUUCUUUCUGUAACUACUGUCAUAGUAAACCAGAGACUAAUAUGUACAUAAUGUAUAAGUGGUCAUAGUGAUGCAUCUAUUGUAAAUAUACAAUUUUCUGACAUUGUAUGUUCUCGUUUUUUUUCUUUUCUUGAUGCAGUGCUGAAACACUUUUGUGCAGGAUCUCACGUCCGUUGAAUCGUGCAAUAAAAAGUGACCAAACAUGCAUCUA